GGCAAUUUAUCGAGAUGGUGAAUGGCACAGACACUGAAGUUCGUGGAGUGUCACGAUCGCCAUCGCGACCACCUACUCACGAAUCAUCACCCUCACCUUGUUGGUCUAAUGGAAGGACAGCAGACCCAAUGCCUGGCACUUCGUCCACACCGCCCACCUCUUCCACCACAUCCACUCCAGUCCUUCAACACCACACCUCAGUUAUCCAGUCUACCAAAAGUGUCAUUGGUAGCGGGUCAGCCACAUCUGUGACUACUGAGGAGCUCAAUCAGCGUAAUGCUCAGGAUCUCUGUUCCAACAGUCCUUCAAGUGCGACAAAUGGCACCACACCUGUCAUUCACCCUCCCCCUCCUCUACGAUCAUCUUCGUCGUCAUCAUCAUCUAAUUCUUCUUCAAAUAUGCAUGACAGUGAUACAGAGAUGGAGUGCAUGGAAACAAAUAGUCAUCAUCAACAAGAAAAUAGCAAUAGCCAUAGAGACACCAGUCACAGUAAUGGAUUUUCCAAUGGUUUCUCAAAACACAUUGAUAUGCAAGAGGAUAAUGAUGAGGAAAUGGAAUUAGAUGGGAGUAGUGGCAUCAGAAAAAUGUGUGGUGGUAACCCAGCUGCGGUUGAACGUAUGCUAGCCUUCGGAAGAGAAGUUCAACACAUGAGUCAAGUCUUACGAAGAGAAUUGGGUAAAAAUGACCAUAACAAAAAAAUGCUGCAAGAUGCCUUCAGUCUGUUAGCCUAUAAUGACCCUUGGAACAGUCCUGUUGGAUGGCAGUUAGAUCCGCUUCAGCGGGAACCUGUUUGCCAGUCAUUAAAUUCAGCUAUAUUAGAGUCUCAUCAGUUACCUCGACGACCUCCUUUAGAGAUCUGUGUGGCACACACUAAGCAGCUGAUUAAUCUCAUGUCUCGUUCAGGACUUGGGUCGUGUGCCUUUGCCAGCGUAGAAUCUAUUCUUGGCAGCCAACAGUGACACUCCCUCUAUGGGCCCUCCACUUCCUUCUCAGGGGCCUCCAAUCCACUUUGGACCGCAUUCUUAAAAUUUGUUUAAAAUCUGCUUGACUGACUAGAAGUCUCAAGCAGUCAGUGAUGUUUUUGAGGGGUAAUCCCUAUUAAGUUAUUAAGAAAUAUAGCUCAAGUGGAUUUUUCCUGAUGAUGAGCUCGUGAUACCUUGGAAUUUGGGACAAUGUAUAUUGCGCUGGUGUCAGGGAAAUGGUUCACUUACAAAUGACUGAAAGUAAUAAAGGUUCAUUAUUAUUGUACAUAAUUUGAGUUGUUCAGUUUGACAAUAGUCUAUCAUGAAGCUCUCUCAGUGUGAUGAGAUAUACCUGUAUGAACAAAGAUAUUUAAAGUGGUUUAUCAUUUCUCAUUACUAGGUGUGAUAAUUUAUGUUGGAAUAUAGAAGGUGAGCUACUGUUGAUCAUUGACCUAGAAACUGUUGGAUUUGAUGAACAAGGCAAUAGCUAAAGAUCUCUUUAUUGAAAAGUGGAAAUUUAUUUUUACUUUUGUGAACAUACCUAUAUUCCACACAGAUGUUAUGCCAUUGUGUGACAUAGUAUUGGAUAUUGUAUGGGUAUCUCGAUGAGUAUAUGGAUGAAAGAAGUGCAGCCUUCCUGGUUCUCUUUGUGAAGUUCUCAUAUUUAUUACAUUUCCUUUUUCACUGAAUUUACAUUUUAUCAGAAAGGCAACUAUGGAUAUUUAUGAGCUGUAUUAAGUUCAGAUAUGUUAUGCACCAAAUGGUAUUGUAUGAACUAGUGGUAAGAAAGGCAAGCUGAGGUCACUUUCACAUUAUUAAACACAGAUAGUCUGUGGAAUGCUUGUAGAGAAGUAACAUACACAUGUUUAUAGUAUGUGUCAUCUCUUGGAAAGUUGUCCAGAUAAAGUUUGGAAGAAAGUGUUGAAAUUAGCAUUUAGUAUAAAGUUGAUUUUUUUCUACAUAUACAUUUUUUAAGUAAAUUUCAUUAAAUUAGCAUACAUAAAGAAAUUAUUUUGCCUGCUGUGCAAUAUUUGAAAUGCAAGUUUGGCUUUUAACAUUUACUGUCAGUCGUCAGUUGCAUGCAUAUUCAUAUACAUACAUUCUGUUUCAGUGGAACAUACUUGAUUUAACUAAAAGGCUGUAUUUGGAGGGCAGAUUUAACUUGAAUCGAUGUUGUUAUAUUCUUAUGCUUUGCUAGGUAAAGCUAAGAAUGUAAAGCAUUAAGCUGGAGUUUUGGGUCCAUUUUCAGUUUGGUUGCCCAACUUGAGGUAAUGGAUGUAAUAGAUUAGUUAUUGAGUGAACUGGGAAAUGACAUUUGGUGCACUCAGUCCCUCAAUUCUGUAAGUAUGGUCACACUGCUGGUCAAUAUCAUUUAUGAAAUUGCUGUGUAAGAAUUGCUAUCACACAUGAAAGAACAACUAGGGAUGAGUAGGAAGUGAGGGACUGGAAUAACUGUAAUGCUCCUUAAAUCAAAAUAGCUUCUUGAAGUCAAAACCCCAAACCAUGACUGAUUCAAAAACGAGCACAAGGAUGCAUGAUUGCUUGCUUACAGGUGCGUGCGUGCGCGCAAAUACAUACACACACACACACACACACACACACACACACACACACACACACACACACACACACUCACUCACUCACUCACUCACUCACUCACUCACUCA